UCACCAGCGCGCGUAGUCGGGACUGGAGCCUGUGAUAAGUCUCUCUGUUCCUGUCAAGAACACAGCUGAGCGAUGACUCAGUUGUCAGCGGCUGUGAAAUAGAUCCAGUUGUUGCUAUAUGCCCCAUUAAUCUGGAGGAGAAUUAAACAAAUUAGAUAUUGAUCUCGAGCGGAUCGUAUAUCAAACAGACGGGGAAGUAUUGAUUUAUACCAUCUUGGACUAGUCCUUGAACGGAAUAUUCCUAUAUCUAGAUUCUACAGGAAGGCUGUUUUGAUGUCUGCGGAGUCUCUAUGGAUGUGUGGACACAUCACUCUGGGCUACGGGCUCUUUCUCCUGGUCGCCCUUCCAGACCUCAUCACAGGCAGACAAGGGAACUGCAGCCACCCACUGGUGCCAGAACACGGGGGCUUCCACUGCGAGCCCUCCCCCUGCCGAGGCUUCCCCCAGAAGAGCUUGAUCUACUACUUCUGUGAGCCCGGCUACACCAUCCCAAAAGAGGUGCACAGCUCGCGCUGCCGCCACGGCAAAUGGAUCCCCAGCGUGCCCACCUGUCUGUCCACAGCAGACAGACAUGUUAACUAUGAGGACCAGGUGGCCCACUCACUCCCUAGCGUUGCCACGACGGCGGUGGGCGUGUCCAUAUUCCUUCUCACCACCACGGCCUGCUUGGUGAUCAAGUCCCGCCUUUUUCCCUGUCACUCACACAGCAGGCGCUCCUCUGACCAGAUAGAUCUGAUGGUGGAUGGCCUGCCUGUGUCUCUGCCCACCUAUGAGGAGGCUGUCUAUGGGAGCUGGGGGCAACACCUGCCCCCCUGCAGAGGGCCCACCCAGCUCCUAUUGGCCCAGGAGGCUCCAGGUCCUUCAUUAGCUCACAACCAAUCAGAUUCCAGUCACCUUAUCCCUCAAUCCAAUCAAAGCCCAGAGAUCCUUCCGCCCCCUUACGAGGAGAUCCAAUCCUGUCCCAGAGAGAGUCAGAGUGAGGUGGACGUGCGGGGCAUACAAGUUGCACUUCCCGAUGACAAGGACAUUUGAGUGACUGGUGUAUUUAUGUUACCCACCAAUGAUGUACUGACAUGUAAAAUCAUGUGCUCAGGCACUUGCAGUGGGGCAAAAAAGUAUUUAGUCAGCCACCAAUUGUGCAAGUUCUCCCACUUAAAAAGAUGCGAGAGGCCUGUAAUUUUCAUCAUAGGUACACUUCAACUUUGACAGACAAAAUCAGAAAAAAAAUCCAGAAAAUCACAUUGUAGGAUUUUUAAUGAAUUUAUUUGCAAAUUAUGGUGGAAAAUAAGUAUUUGGUCACCUACAAACAAGCAAGAUUUCUGGCUCUCACAGACCUGUAACUUCUUCUUUAAGAGGGUCCUCUUGUCCUCCACUCGUUACCUGUAUUAAUGGCACACCUUGCACAAUUGGUGGCUGACUAAAUACUUUUUUGCCCCACUGUAUAUGGAUUCAAGCCUACCAGCAUGGAUCAACUUUCUUUUCAGGUUUCAACCUUAUACAUAGCACACCAGUUCUGAUUAGCUGUUGGUAAUGUUAUGAGACGUUUCCUGCUACGGAGACAUGGUUUAUAUCCCAUCAGUGAUGGGACCUGAGCCUCGUUUGUUGAGGUGACUUUGGUAAUGAUAUUACUGUUACAUCACAGGGACCUGCGUGUCCUUUUUGUUGGUUUAUGAUUUGCGAUGAUGGCAGAGUUGUAGCGUUGAUAUAGAAGCCAGCCUUGCACCUCUCCCCUGCUUUGAAUUACUGACCAGAAUUUGGGGAGGGUUUGGGGUAGAAACCCCCAGGAUGUACUUAUUUGUUAUAGACAUUGAAUGUAGUUGUUUCUCUUUUUCUUUUCAAUAGAAAAAAAUGUAAUGGAUGUAUGUAAUGUAACAUUUACAUAAUAUUGCAAUUAUUGCAUUGCACAGAAGAUUAAACGUCAACAUUGUUUCUAAUUGUAAAA